CCACAAUUGGUUGAAGCACAUAUUGUUCAAUACUCAUACCACACAUAAGGAAAAUUAAAGCUUCCUCCAAGACUUUGCAACCAAACACCUCAUUAUGUCUAAAAUGUUUACCUUUUCUGAUCAUGAGAUGGUUUUGAUCUUUGGUCUCCUAGGAAACAUUGUGUCAUUCUUGGUGUUCUUAGCUCCCUUGCCAACCUUCUAUUCAAUUUGCAAGAAAAAAACAUCUGAAGGAUUUCAAUCAAUCCCAUAUGUGGUUGCACUUCUAAGUGCAAUGUUAUUGCUAUAUUAUGGUCUUCUAAAGACCAAUGCCAUUUUGAUUAUCACAAUCAAUUGUAUUGGAUGUGUUAUAGAAGUUUUAUACUUAAUAAUUUACAUCAUAUAUGCUCCAAGGAAGCUCAAGAUAUCAACUUUAGCUUUGAUACUUGUGGCUGAUCUUGGAGGUCUUGGUUUGACCUUGAUAAUUACCAACUUUAUUGUGAAGAGUUACUAUCGUGUUCAUGCUGUUGGAUUGAUUUGUGCCAUUUUUAACAUUGCAGUCUUUGCUGCUCCCUUAAGCAUAAUGAGGAAGGUCAUAAAAACAAGAAGUGUAGAGUACAUGCCAUUUUUCUUAUCAUUGUUUCUUACUCUAUGUGCCACCAUGUGGUUUUUCUAUGGACUCUUUGACAAGGAUAACUACAUCAUGCUUCCAAAUGUGUUAGGAUUUCUAUUUGGAAUUUCUCAAAUGAUCUUGUACCUCAUAUACAAGAAUGCUAAGAAUAAAGUAGAAGCUAAUAGUAAUGAGCAGCAAGAAUAUGGUGAUGAUGAUGGCAAUAAAGAGGAUUUCCCUUCAAUAGUUGAAAUGAAAGAGAAUAUAGUUUGAUGGUGUAUUGUAUAUUUUAAUAGACUUAAUUAGGAUGAAUGAUGAAUAAUUAACAUGUCUCAUAUAUCUAGUUAUUAUCAUGUUCUAUGUUACUAUAGGGACUAUUGCCACUUGGCAUGCUUUGACUAUAUAAUAAUAGGUUUCUCUUCUUUUUUAAA